AUAUAGACUACACUUUCAUACUAUUUUUCUCAUCCUUCACUACCAAAUAUCACAUUUCAAUUGAUCUUGAAUUGAGUACAAUGGAUUCCAAAUCAUCAUUCCUCAUCCUUGGCCUAAUGGCCAUGGUUCUUCUUAUUUCCUUAGAGGUGGCAGCUAGGGACUUAACUGAGACUUCCACUAAUACCAAAGAGGAAGUUGUUGAAAAGUCAAAUGAAAUAACUGAUGCCAAAUAUGGUGGUUAUGGAGGCUACGGUCGUGGCGGUGGUUACCAUAAUGGUGGUGGUGGUUACAAUAAUGGCGGCGGUUAUCAUAAUGGUGGAGGGGGUUACAAUAACGGUGGCGGAUACCAUAACGGUGGUGGCGGUUACAACAACGGUGGUGGUUACCAUAAUGGCGGAGGUGGUUACAACAAUGGUGGAGGUUACCAUAAUGGCGGAGGUGGUUAUAACAACGGUGGAGGUUACCAUAAUGGUGGUGGCGGUUACAAUGGUGGUGGCGGUUACCAUAAUGGUGGUGGUGGUUACCAUGGUGGAGGUGGACAUGGUGGUUACAACAAUGGUAACUGAUUAGAUCAAUGUUCUGAUUAAUAAAAUUUCAUGAAUAAAUAAUGGUAAGUGUUGAACAAAAGAGGUAUAGAGAGACUGCAAUCUUUUGUGUUUAUGUAUUAAUCUAUCUUCCCACAAUUCUACAAAUCACUAUGUAUAUGUAAUGAUGAGUUUGAUUUCGGACAAAAAUGUUUUGUCAUUUGUAAUAUAUCAAAUAUCAUCCUUGUUAGUA